AUGGAUACGCCCAGUGAGACGCAGCUCGAGUCCGCCAGCGAUGCAAGCAAUCUUCGAAACACACUCCCGGGCUUGUCGCAGGCGCAAACAACCUUAGAUGGUCCUGUUCCGGAGCUGCGCAAACGCAAGAGUUUUCGCACGCGUCCCACCGAAGUCCCCGGCCGACGACAUGCUAUCGGCUCACCGUCGCCACUGAAGGAAAACGAACUACAGCCUGAGAUCCGGCGUGCGCGUUCGUCCAAGAUGUCGUUGUUCAACUUGUUCAGCAAGCCCAAGGUCGAGAAGCUACGAGGCUAUGCCGAGUCUGGUCUGGAUACACCCUCAGGUCCUUCGCAGGCCAUGUCCAAGAGCGAUGUGGCGGCACCGAAGAUGGACCUUCUCGUAAGAGUACAGAAUGUGGAUGAUGGCCCAGGCCGACCAAGACCCUCCAGUUCCAAGUCGCAUGCAGCUCGUUCUGGCAGGUACACUGCUACUGAAGCUCUUCCACCGCUCCCGAAUGGAGGAAGGAUACGAGCUUUCGAACCCUCACCAUUGUUCCAAGUCUGGCCUCAAGCUACGAAGCAUGGAGUAUUGGAGGUGUCGACUAUGAGUCCGGAAAUGGUUCUGUCUAAACCUGCCAGAGGCCGAAUAUCGAGUAGCUUCUUUACGCCACACGCCGAGGCGCCCUCGCUGAACGUCCCUGGUGAUCGUGGCAGCGUCGACUUCCGAGCAGCCGCGAAGCCAGCAGCAAGCCAAUUGCCCAACGGGUCACUGGCCAACCACAGCAUCCCGAAGAAGCUUGUGGUCUUGGUCACAUCGGGUUUCCUGCUUCAAUACGCGGAAACGGGCGCAAACGACCGCGCACCUGAGAAGGUACUCCAGCUCGGGAGAGACUCGGCGGCGUACGCGUCAGACCUGAUACCCGGGCGGCAUCAUGUUCUACAGAUUGCGCAGCAAGUCGAUCAAUACGGCAGCAUGUCAUCUAGCCAUCAUUCUUUGCUGUCCAGGUUCACACUGCGGAACCAUGCUGCAAGACGUACGACGAACAAUCUUCUCCUAGUCAUGCCAGACGCUCAGGAGAUGGGCGAAUGGAUGUCGGUGAUCAGAAAGGAAAUAGAGAUACAAGGCGGCAAGAGAGUCAGAUCAGAUUCUGGUGCUUCGCGAUUAUCGAAGGCGGUCGUCAGCGAGUCGGCAAAAGUCGAUCUCAAAAAGACACCGAGUCAAAGCCAUCGAUAUCAAGUCAAGCGCAGUCCCGAUGGACCAGCGGCAAUCACUACGCCCAGCUCGGAGCGGUCGGAACCUCUGCCUUCACCAUCAUUAGCUCAGGGUGAGGGCAACAAGCUUCAGCACACAGGCACUACAUCUACCAAAGAUAUAGUGACCGAUGCGUCAGCAUCGCCAGAGAUGGACUCUCAGCCUUCGCGGCCUAGAGCGGCAUCAGACGCUGCAUCGGACAGCUCCUCUACAGCAGUCUCUGUGAAUCAGCACAAUCUGGAUAGACUCCGCAAUACUGCUCGUGAGUCGCACACCUCGACGGUCGCGACCAGCGUCACCGCCGCCUCCCGGACGAACUCAAUGUCGUCAACGCCGCCUCUCGAGAAGGUGGCAGAUGGCUCUCAGGUUCCGGCCAAAUCACCCUUUCGCAGCCUCUCGUCAUAUUCCCUUGCACAUAGAGGAUCAGCUACGCCGCUCAGUCUCAAGGGCACGCCUGUGGUCGAUCCGACAAUGACAGCAGGACAGCAAAAGGCCAUUCUCGUUGACAGAGCGCUCGACUCUCCUGUAAUAGGACAUGGUUUGACUGGGGCAGAGCCUACACGGUCUCUCAUGAGGAAUCGACUGCCGGUAACUCAGAGUGUCCCCAACCUGAAAGAUAGGAGUGCUCAAGACGCUAGGCGCGACCCCAAAUUUCAACAUCUCUCGUCUGUUAACACACGCGAACGACCAGAGUCUUUUAUCGCGGAUUUGCCCAAACCAACGACCUGGGUAACGAAGGCAGCAGCCAGCACGCAUGCAACUUCUAUGCACGACACAACUGCGGCUCGAGCAAUGCAAAAGGCAGCUGGUGAUGCCACGGCAACAUACUCACUUCAGUCACGUCCGCUCCGAAGUGGUUCCAACUCUUUCAGCCUCCCACUUCGUGUGAACCCGACCCCAGCAAGUCCUCCAAAAUCGCAAAAAUCGGCGAAUCAAGCAACACAUAAGCUACUCUCGCCCAUACCCGCAGUGCAUUGUCUGACUGCUAAGAUAGAGAUCACGGCGCAGCCAAAGAUGGAGCGCAGAUAUCUAUCCCAAGGCAAGGACGAGUCCUCGCCAGUCGAGACUUCCUCCAAGACCUCCCGUACGACAUCUGCUAGACCAUCGCUGUUCCCGACCACUGUAGUCUCGCCCCCCACAGCUAUGCCUGUGCAGCCGGGGAUCAUUCGACGGUCGCCUUCCGCUCAGACGUUGACGGCCUAUGAGCAGGUUCAGACCAACGGCGCAAGACUCCCUCGACCUAAUAGCCUUCAAGUCCGCACGACGUAUGCUCCAUUCCUCUCCUCGAAACGCAUUGCAGGGCCCGUCCCCGUACAGCACUCUCCUGCGACAGUGCCGAUCAGGAGUCUCAAGCCUUCUCGCUCUGUGGCCACCAUGCAGACUAGUCCCUCGACUGUGCCAGAGGAGCCCUUCAACUUUGGUACCGGCAAGCUUCAGGACGAGGCGGCAGACAAAGCGACACCACUGCCAUCCUCGCCCGCCGAUGGAGCCCUUCCACCUCUUCCUGGCUCGCGACCGCCAUCUCGCACUCGCAAGAUCAUCCGUAAGGGUAGCCGGACUUCGUUGUCUGAGAUGGACUAUGGUAUCUCUUUGGCUGGCCUCGGACCUCCUGCACCACCGCCACAGGCACCAUUACCAGAAAUACCGUCGGGUAGUCGUCCGGCGAGCCGACAGACCAGCUCUCGCUUGUCUAUGGUCAGGUCUGGCACUCCAAUCGGGGUGGCAAUUGGCGACUCUCAUGAUGAAAGAAUGGUCCGCUCUCCGAGUCCCGCAGUCAUGGGUCUUGGCAUUCAGGUUGGCGGCGCCGACUGA